CGAGCGCAGCUAGCAAACUACGGUCAUUAUAAUCAUAUAUCAUACGAUUUCAAUUGUUACUAGAAACUACUACGAAAGUAGUGAGUGUAAUAAGACCGCGUAAGGUAUAUGGUACAGGAAUACGAGCACUCGCGGAGCACGUAACUACACUGGUGUCCGGACGACGAAUGAAUUUUACAUCGGCGUCGCUAGCUUGGCGGUGGGGCGUGAAUGCGUACUAUCUUCAUCGACCACUGCAUUCCGGUCCGCAAACGACGAUUCACGAACAGUGUCGCCGAGGCCCGACAGGCGAACAAAGAAACGUUAUAGGGUCGCCGUAGAACUUACAUUUUACAUUGAAGAAAAAAUGUACAUAGACCGUCGUGUGUUUGUUGGCCGUGCCCAAAUCGUUUGCCAAUUGACUUAUUAAGUUUUAGUUUAGCUUUAAAAGCCCUAAAAAUGGAUAUGGAAUACGAUCGAAAGUUCGAGGAGAUGAAGAAAUACAUUCCAUUUUUGGAAAGUAUGAUCAAGAGACUGGAAAAUACGAGUUCAGUGUCAAAUCCCAGACAGGCACAGCUCGAUAAGAUAAGGUCUCUAAGAGAUCUUCUUAUGGACAAGAAAAAAAGAAUGAAAAUGGAAAAUUUACUAAAGUGUGAACAAGUUUUGAUUAAUUUAUACGAAAAAGUAGAACAGAGAGAUUCAUUGCCAGUUCCUAAAAGAGAUGUCAAUACUUCUCAAAAAGAUAAAGCCGAUUUACAUAUAGUCAGAAACAAGCUUAAAUCAGCCGUGAUAAAAUUACAAACAGAAAGUGUAGAAACUUUACCAGAAAUCGCAAGAGCCAGUGAAACUGAAGAAGUGUGUGAGCCGGGCAGUAAAGAACCUGCAUUAUUCCAACGAAGACCCAAUAAAACAUCCAUGUCACCAACGCGUCCUGUUCCUAAUAAAAUUAAAGAACCGUCUCCUCAAAUGUCUAAAAGAAAUUAUACACGGGUUUUACUUUCGCCAGAACCAAACCAAAACAGCUGGUCUACUGAGGAAAAUUUAUCAGAGAAACCACUUUUUAGUAGACGAUCACCGAAAAAUUCAGCGCGCCGACGCUCACCUUCUUAUCAUAAAAAAGAACGUAAAAAACUUUCAAAAUGUAAUUCGAACUUAAUGGAGACCAAGGAUCUUAAUAUUACUUUAAAUGUACCAGAAGAAAGCUUAAACUCAUUAAAUACGAAAGACAUUUUAUCUAGGAUUAUAAAUUGUAGUGAUAAUGAUGUAGACAUUGAUACAUUGCGUGAGUUACGGACGCAAAUCCUCGGUGAAUUGAAGGAAACUGGGGCUAAUGAAGAUAUAUCUGAUUUAAUUCUCAAAUCUUACAAAAAAAAAGCUAUCAAGGACAAAAAAGCUGAGGAGAUCGAAGAAGGAGAAUUGUCUGAUAGCGAAAGUGAAGCAAUCGAAAGUAUAUAUGGCAGCUUAGUUAUUGUGGAUAAAGAAAAAUCAAUAAAUGUGUCUAAUAAAAUAUCCAAUGAAGAACCACGUAAAAUACAAAUAUGCCUUGUUAUUAACUCUGAUAAAAAUAAAUUGAAUUCAAAUAAAGAAGAACAAAAUAAAAUAUUACCUGUUGACUCACCUGAUUUUGAAACAUUCAGUAACAAAAAGCAAAGUGAAAUUAGAAAAGAUCCUAUUUCCAAAGAUUUAGGAAAAAUUACCGACGAAAGUGCAUCAAAUAUUGAACAAAUCACAUCGGUUAAAUUCGAAGAUCAAACACAGGAGCAGGUUGUUGCUAAUUUUGGGACGGGAAAUAAAGAUUCUCAAAAAGACGAAAGGAACGAACAACAAGAAAUAAUGGAAAAUGAAAUUAAACCGCAAAUGAAAAUUGUGAGAAAAGAAAUCGAAGUAUCUAAUUUUUAUAAUUCAGUAGUUGAACCAAAUGAAGACGUCAAUAAAUAUUUGCCUGAAAAUCAAUCGAGCAACAAAAUUACGCAAAAGUCAUUUAGUGAACAAAACAUUGGUGAUAGUUGUGAAAAUACAAACGUACCGAAUAAAACCAAUGAACAAAAUUCAAAUGUUGAAAUACCUUUACUAGAAAACACGAAAAAAAUAUCAGAAAUUGAUAUUUUACAAGCUUUAAAAAAAGAAAUACUAAGUGAAACAAAUAAUGUUCUUAGCUCAGACACAGUUACACCAGCUUUACACCAACCCAAAAUAACAAAAGUAGGUAAUGCUCACGAAAUAGGGUCUAAAAAGAGAAUAUCAAUUGAGAAUUAUAAAGCUAAGACGAAUACUCCUUUAAAAAAUAUCCUUGGCAACGAAUCAUCUUCUACCACGAACAAAGAUGAUAUUAAUAGGAAACAGAGUUUGAAAUUGACGGAGAAGGAGUGUGAACGCUUUAAUUUUCCAUCUAAGUUAACGUUAGGUGAAAGCUCGGACGAUGAAGAUAAGUCUCCUUUAUCUGCGGGUGAUAUUUAUGAAAAUUUAGCCCCUAAAUCACCUGAUCACGAGGAUUUUGCAGAUACGGGUAUCAAACCACCGAUAAUUAUUCCAAGUGAUCCUAUUCAAACUACUGUUGUGAAUUCAGAGACCGAUGUAGAUAUGAGAAACAUUAUACCAGCUUUACAAUCUAAUUAUAACUCUGAUGUCCCUAAUGCUUUUGUGUUGAGCACAGAAAAGGAUAAAACUAAAAACAAUGACAAAGCUAUAAAUCCAUUACUAGAUCCAAGAAUGAAAAAAGAUAUGGUUAAUCCUGAGAGUCCAAAUCCAUAUAUAAUUAAUAUUGACAAAACAUCUCGAUCAGUGUUAAAUUACGGAAAUUCUACUUCAAACAUAAAUGUACUACAAAAUGUGAACUCAUCGUUAGUAACAAAUGUUAGUACAGGUAUAAACAGAACUAUAAUGUCACCAAAUUUAUCAAAUGUGACGCCAAAUAUUACGCCAAAUAUGGUUUCUAAUUUGGCACCAAUGAUGACUCCUAUUAGAACACAGAAUAUACCAAAUAUGACUCCUACUGCGAGAUCCUACGAUAUGACACCUUCCCGUCAAACAAUUGAUAACGAGGAUUACUCUAAUCAAAAACAUGUGUAUGCUCCCAUGUUUCCCAUUGUUGAUACGCGGGAUCAUAUUGAGAAACAACAAUGGGAUAAUAUGGAUAAUAAUGGAGUACCUUUUUGGGAAGAUCCCCAAACCAUUUCGACUCACAGAGAUACGGAUUAUAGGGAUCUAAGAAAAAGAGACGGUGAUUUUAUUCCUGCGUUCGAACAUUAUAGAAAUAGCCCCAGAAAUGAUCGAUAUAGCUUUGACAAAAUAGAUCCAUGCCAUAGAACAGAGUGUUCAACAACUGCAAAUCAUCCUUUUGGGCGAUUAGAUUGUUCAAAAUUAUCAACUUCUUUUGGGAAAAUGGAUGCCCCUAUGACACCAGUUCAUCCCUUUGGCAGAUCUGAUUGCCCAUCAACCCCAUGCCAUCCUUUUGGGCGGUCUGAAUGUCCAUCUACCCCUAGUCAUCCUUUUGGACGACCAGAUCCUUUAAUUCCUAUACCGUUUGUAAGACCCGAUUUUAAUCUUAUUACAAAUCAAUCAUUUGGAAAACCGAUUGAUCAAAGGUUCAAAAGAAGUUCGGACUAUGAUAUGUAUCAUAACCGUGACAACGAUAGGGAGCAUGGUUUUUUUCAAGAUCGUAAUUUCAAUUCGAGCUCAUAUAAGCCUGAUCAAAAAAAUAGAAAUAACAAUCAUGAUUCAUUUAGAAAAUACCAAAGAGAACAAAGCUUAGGAAGAAAUGAAAGGAAUAAAAACUACGAUAACAGCUCUCGUAAUUAUAAAGACUCACGUCGUGAAACCAGUGUCGGACGAUAUAAUAGAGAUUAUGACAACGAUAGAGGAUAUACGAGGAAUCAUGGUUCAAGCAACAGGAGUUAUGAUUACCGUCAACAAAAUGAGUUUAAAAACAAUGAUAAAAACGAUCGACGUAAUUAUCAACGUGAAAAAAGCGUUAGCCGGGUGACUUCCCACUUAUCAACAAAAGAUUCUACUGUUUUACACUUACUUCCCAAAGAAAGCCAUGUAUCGGUUCAACACCACUCUGACAAUUCUUUUACUAUUGAUACAAGUGUUAAUAGGACAUUUCAAGAAAAUAAUCACAACAGAUUACCAAGUUUUGAUGCUCGAAGACAGCGCGCUGCAAGUGUUGGAAGAAUUUUAGCUCGCGGUUCGAGUCCUCACAAGGUUGUCAAUAAAGAGUCAAAAAUUGUGUUACAUAAUUUCGAAAAUAAAAAUAAGAAUUUUCGUCGUGCAUGCAGUGUUGGUAGGGAAAUUAAAGAUAGUAAACUUGACUUCAAAGACAUUAAAGCAGACUUAAAAUCAUUUAGAUUGAAAGGGGAAUCAAGGAGGAGUAAAGAAGAAACUAACAAAGAAGAAAUUAGAAAGGUUACUGAUGUUGUCAGAAAUUGUGACGCCCGCAGUAAAAAGGAAAUUAAUAAGAGUCAUAGUAAGCCCUGUCAGAGCUUUGCAAAAUAUUCACCGAGACAAAAUAAUAGAGAUCCGAGAAUGCGACGGGAGAAUUCACAUCAAAAUAGUACUAGGGAUAAUAGUAGAUUUAAAACAAAAGAUUCUAAAAGUUACGGUAUUGUAUAUUCUAAUGAUAAUAUUACGAAGGGAACUAUACUAGGUCAAGGGUAUGGCGUAAAAAAUUAUAAAAUACCAAAAAUAAAACGCCCUCAAGAAACUGUUGUAGACAAAGAAAUCAACCCAAGCAAAUUGACAAAUAAUGAAAAUGUAGAGGUAUAUAAUAAAAUUGAUGAUGGUAUAAACAACUUAAGUAAAAAAAUAAUCUAUACAAACGAAAGUAAUACAACAAGGAAUAAAAUUAUUGAUUCUAAACAUAAUCCUAAAGAAAGCAAAGCAGAACUGACAAAUAGUCAGAAAGAAUCUAAAGGACCGAAAUGUGAUUUAGAUGGGUCAGGUAAAGUGAAAGUGGUAUUGACGGAAAACCCUAAAGCAAAAGAUGCUCACGAUAUUAAACAAAAUAAAAGUGAUGAACAAUCAAUUGACAGUUGUAAAAAACAAGAAAUAGAAGAAGAAAAUAUUACAAAUCAAAUUGUAAACACAUCAAUUGAUAAUGUCGAAAAACGGAUAACAAGAUCUACAAGUAAAAGCUUGUCAUUGGAUUCUUCGUUAGAAAUUUCUCAUGUUAAACGAAUAAAAAGAGGAAAAAAACUUGUUCAUGAAACAGAUUCGGACGAAAACAUUAAAAAAAUAAAAAAUACGGUAUCUGAUAAUUCAGCACUAUAUAAAGGAACAAAUAAUGAAAAGUUGGAUGAUAUUGGGCAAUAUAAUGAUGUGACAAGUAAAAAAGAAGAUACAAAUUCUCAAUGCGUUUUAAGCACAACAAGCGCUAAAUCUAAAGAAAAAAAAACUUCUGGCAUAGAGUCCGGUUUCGGAAUGGAUGAACUUGAAAUAUUUGCAGAUAAUAUUACAUCAGAUCCUGUAAUAGAUAAUAUAAACGAUUUAAUAGCUGACUUGGAUAAUGAUCUGGAUUCUUCUAAACCUGUUGAUACCAAUAGUAAUUUCAAUAGAGAAUUAACACUUGAAAAUAUGCUUGAAAAUAUAACAAGUCCAGAGGAUAAUGAAAAAGUACUAGACACAGUUGACGAAUUACCUGAAAAAAUUGAAACUAAACCAGAUUCAGUCAUUUCGUUAGAAAAUAAAAAUGAUCCAAAAUUAUUUUGUCAUAAUGAAAAAUCAGAAACUUAUUCAGAAAUAGAAACAAAAAAUAAUUCGAUCACAUCAAUGGUCGAAUCAGGUCCAAAUAAUAUUAAAAGUGACCUCGAUCAAAAUAGCGAUUCACAACAUAAAAGUGAUUUAAUAAAAUUGGAAAAGAAUCAACCUCUUACAAUUGAAAAUAAUAAUGACGUGUCUGAGAGUCAAGAUGAAAAUAUUAAAAAUAUUGAAAUGGAAGACAAUCACGACAACGACGCCAUUGUGUCGACUUCGGAAGAAGCACAAAAACAAAGACCAGAUGCGCAACUAACAAGUGAACAUAAUGAUCAGAAAAGCAUUGUUCAAAAUAAACCCGAUAGUACAAUAAAUAGCAACGUUACUCUAGAAAUAUUGGAUUCUGAUCAGAGAAACUUACCAGAUAGCACGAAUGAAAUAAAUUGCGAAAUGAAUUCUGUGAUAAGUUCUAGCCACAAUAGUUGCGAUAAAAUUAAUGAGCUUAAUGCAGACACAAAUUCUUGUAAUACACCACCACCAAAAGAAAACAUAAGUAAACUGUUAUCAAUAAAAAUAAAAGAGUUACUUGGUUUAUUGGGAGAUCAAUCUAGCGAGAAUGAAAAAAUAAAAAAAAAAAUAGAAAAACUUAGUGAAAUUGUUUCGGACGAUGAAGAAAACUCAAUUGACAAUGAAAUGGGAAAUAAAAAAAGUGAUUUUCAAUAUGAAAAAUCCGAUGACAUUGGAAAUAUUUGUCCAUUUUUAGAGAAAGAAAAGAAAAAAGAAAUCGAAAAUAAAUGCAUAAAUAAUACUGAGUCAUUAAAGCAAAGUGCAGACGAUAUAAAAGGUUCAAAUGAUAAAGAAAAAUGUACUUCAAAAGAAAACAACUUGGUUUCGGAAAUAAAUGAAGAAAGCAGAGAUGACAUGGCUGUUGCAUCAUCAGAAAAAAGCAAUGAAUCAGACAAUUUAAAUGAAGAUAAGGAUAAGAAUUCCAUCGUGCCUGAAGUAAAUAAAAAUAAAAUUAACGAGCAAGAUGUUUCAUCUUCUAAAAAAACCCAAGUAAAUGCUAAAAAACCUAAAAAAGGUAAAAAAGGUAAGAAUAUACGUACGGUAGGAGUAUCUAAUGAAGAGAAAAGGUUAACACGUUCAGAUGCUGCAAAUUUGCGCUUUGAUAAACAACCCACUGUAAAAAAACCAUCUAGGGAAUUAAAAAAAUUGCAGGAAGAUAUAAGAGAAAUGUUUAUAAGAGAUGAUAUUUUAGGUGCCACAGGUAUAAGAAUGUGUCGCUUAGCAAAAUUAGUAGACGAAACUAAGAAUCAAAAAGAUGAAGUAAAUAAUGAAAUUGGUGCCCAAGAACCAGUAGUACUUCUUAAAAAAUGUAACGAUUUGAAUGUGUCUGACGAUAUUACUACUCCGGACAAAGUAACGAAGACAAGGACAGCAAAAGGAAAAAAAAGUAUUUCGGAACAAAGUACUUCUAUUGAUACAGAUAAUCCAAAAAGUAAAAUUUUGACUGCAAAACGAAGUGAAAUGAGUAGUUCAUCAACAAAUAUUAAAACAAACCUAAAAGACAAGAUAAGUGACGUAGAUCCAUACGUAUUUGAAAUGGAUUCUGUUAAUGAAACUAAAAAUUCGAGUGAUAAUAAAAAUGAUAACGAUACCUCGGAUUCGGAAAAUGAGUCUGUAUAUUCUUCCAAGAGUUUUGGAAGUACGGAGAUACUAGCUGAAGUAAAAAAAAAAGUAAAAAGGAAACGAACUAAGGGAUGGAAGGCGGGAAUAAUAAAACCAAAACAUAAGAAGAAAAAAAUAGAUCGUCAACCAGACUCGGUAUGUUUAAUUGAUAAUAGUGUAGAAAUUUUAAACAAACCUGUCACUGUGCCUGUUACCGAUUGUUUUACGGACAGGAAUUAUUGCUUUGAUAAAAAUCUAUCAAGGUAUGAGUGUCGGUUAUGUUCUUACAACGGGACAGACAUAGUAUGUCAUUUUAAGAAAAAACAUCCUCAUUCUGAAAUACCACUGUCAAGAAUGAGCCCCGCUGUGGCAUUGGAGGCCAUCAAGGAGUCUGAAAAAUUAAAUUUUCAAGUUAUUAGUAAAGUAUCAUCGAAGAGAUAUAUAUGUAGGUUCUGUUUUAAAGAAUUUGGAGGAAAGAAGCCUGUUUUAGAAUCAUUCUUUUGGCAUGUAGUUAGCAUGCAUACCGGUGAAUACAAACAACUUUGUUCUGAGUGUUUAAAUGUGCAACGAUGUCCCUUUAGUUUAGAUAUUCCUCCACCUCCAAAAGAUAUUAAAGGUCAACUUCUUGGUUACGUUUGUGAGAAAUGCAACUAUACACAAAUUUCUUUAGAAAAUCUAAAAAGUCAUGUUAUAAUACGACACAAUGAUGAACAAACUGCAGUUUAUACAAUCAAUUUAUCGGUUACCGCUAAAAGUAUUAUAAACAGUAUGUCGACUGAGGUUGAUGGCAUACAAAAUACCGACCUUGAAAAUAGAUUGCCUCGUGUUCUGAGAAGUACUCGAUCCAAUCAAAGUAUUGGAGAAAGCGGUGAUGUUAGAAGUGAUUCAACAGAUGACUGUAACCAAAGCUUAAAGAAAGAAAGUACUAAAUCUGAAAUUGAAAAUGUGGUUAAAACUAGCAACAUUCAAUCUAAAAUUACAUUUGAAAACGACAAUACUGAUGAAAUAUCAAAUUAUGACGAUAUUGAAAUUUCUUCGGUUAAAAUUGAACCAUUAAAUGAAAAUCAAGAAGAUGUAAAUUUUGACAAUCUACAACUUGAAUCAGAGCAUGCAUCAUUUGAUGCAACUUUAACCGCUGAAAAGGCGGUAGAACCUACUAAUUCGAACGAUAUUUUUAAUUAUGCUCAUUUCAAAAUAAAAUAUUCUGCAUCUGGAUCUAAGGAAUACAUCUGCUGUAUUAAUGGAAAUGAUUUACACUACAGGACAACACUUUUGAUUUCCUUUAAGAAACAUGUUCAGUUGAAGCAUUCAGAAAAGUGGGAUGGUUAUUGCUUUAUAUGUAAAGUUAUUGUAAUGCCUCAAGGAGUACAUUUAUUUAAAGAUUGUCUACAACAUUUUUUGGACCAACAUAUUGAUAAUUUUCCAGUUAUGGAAGAAAUAACUGAGAAAUCAUUACCUUUUAGUGAAUCUAACGUUUCCAAUGAAACCAGUUGUGAAAACGUAAAUACUAAACCCUAUAUUAACGUACGUCCUUUAUCAGAGCUUAUUUCACAAUCCUGCACUUCUCAAACAUCCGACGCAAGUUCUUCGUCAUUACCUGUCAUUGAAAGUGUAAUAAGCCUGGGAACUAUUGAAGUAUCUCGGCCUAGUCCUUCUUAUCCAAAACCAGAGACCAUUGAGGUUCAAAAGCUGUUUAGACACGAGGAAGCUCAAGCUGAGAUAAUGUCAAAGAAGCACCGCAUCGUCUUAGAAGCAAUGAUGUCUCACGUCAAAUUAGUGAAAGUAUUCAAAUGUGCUGGUCGCUUUUGUUCUUUUACAACGGAUAGUGCAGAGGAUGCGCUUCUCCAUGCGUCAACGCAUACACGAGUUGGUGGAGAAGAUUCACUAAAAUGUGCUUACUGUGACUUUGACUCUUCUAGUAAUGCAAUUGACUUGAUAACACAUGUGUUUAAAAACCAUGGAUGCUGCCAAUAUGUGUGUGGUAUGUGUUUUUAUCGAGCAGCAGCAAGCCAGUUAGUUCAUGCUCAUAUUAAAAGAGUUCAUACAGAAGUGAGUACAGUUAAAAUUCUACAUACAACAUUGCAAACAGCUCCAAUUAAAGAAGAUAACAUUUUGUCACGCGAAGAGGCUGUGCCUUACUACCUCUGUUGUGCUAGUAGCGGUUCUGAUGCUCCUUGUAAGUUCAGAACAUAUACUCCGGGGAAGUUUUGUGAACAUUUACAGUUACGACAUUCUACUGCCACCGAACAUUCUUGUUUUAUGUGUCCAGCUACUUUAUCAACCCCAGCUGACUUAAUACGGCAUUUAAAAACCCACGGAUUAAAGUUGUACCAGUGCACUUGGUGUGUGUUUGGAGCUGAUAAUGAAACGGAAUUACUUGUACAUGCAUCAGCUAAUCACCCGGAUAAACACCCAAAAGCCUAUUUAAGGAUUAUUACUAAUAAGGAAGGCACAUCGGAAUUCAGAGUUUUGCCGCUGGCACAUUUAAACAAAUCUGACAUACCAGCAAUUGAAGUCACUCCAAGCAAUAUUAAGGAAAAUCCUGUGAGAGAAGCUGAAAGAUCAAUCGAAUUGGAAAAACUCAUAAUACAUACAACAUUUAUGACCGAAUCCAUGACAGACGAAACAGAGGUGAAAACGAAAACUACUGAGAAUGAAAUAACUUGUAUGGAUUCAAGCCCCCAAGUGAACGAACCACUUUUGAAAAAUAUGAACUUAUUAAAAGAACCACAAAAGAGAAUGGUCACUCCACCUCCUCAGACUAUAGGCACUGAAAAUGCUCCACAGGAAAAUCAAUUAACCCCGAUAUUGAAAACAGAAGGAAUUGAAACGACUCCUGAAAAAAAGCCUUCAUCUGAUCCUAACAUUGUAUAUUGUUUGGAUAGCGAGGAAGAAGAAAGCAGUCCAAAUUGUAUUGAUUUAUGCAAUGAUCAAUCGUUAAAUACACAAAUUAAUAAUCAACAUAUUCAAUCAAAGACAUUACCGCUAUCAGAAUUAUUUUUGUGUGGAAAAUGUAAUGUUACUUAUAAAUGUGGCGCAGGUUUUAAAAAACAUGUUAUGGCCUGCUACAGUCAAAUACCUGACCCUAUCCAGUGCGCGCAUUGUCCAAUGAAAGUAAAGAAAAAGCAUAUUGUGGUCCAUUAUACAAAAAUACAUUCAGCGGUUUCCCGGUGUUCAUAUCCCUGUUCCAAAUGCCCGGAAAAGUUUAUUACUCAGGCCCAAGUACGAGAACAUGAACGAAAUUGCCAUUCUAUGAAUAGUUCUAAUAAUAUAUUGAAUGUAGAUAAAGCUCCUCUAAAAACACAAGUCAAACCGGCUUCAAUGGGCAAACGGAAACGAACACUAGUGGGUAAAGAAAAACCUAUAGAACCUCCAGAAAAAAUUAAAAGAUUCGGGCCCAACGAUGUCAAUCUCUUACCGAUAAAUCCUAUUCUAGACGGUUCUAUAUUCUGUUCUCUUUGUGAGUUCAGCACUAAAGUAAGACUUAAUAUGGUGAGACAUUUGCAGCUUCAUGCUGAACAACAAAUCGUUUCUCAAACUGCUCCCGUUAAUCCGGUGCCGCAUCUAGAAACAAACGAGAAGCAUUUCGACAAGAUGCUGAAUCUGGCUUCAAGUUCUAUAAUAUCUCGAACUCCAGAUAAGAGCAAAACUGAUAGUAAUCCCACAAUCACACUCAUGAUACCUCCAGAGGCCGCGUCUCGUUAUCCGAAAUACGUUCCCGAAAAACAUCGUCACACAUGUGGUGCCAAAGGUUGUUCUUAUAUAUCGGUUGACGAAUCUAUGUUUAAAUGUCAUUGGGAAACGUUACACUCCGGCACAAGUGAUUAUCGUUGUGUCCAUUGCCCUCCGCAUCAGCAUUUGGAUACAUCUAAGCCUUUGUCAGCCGUUCGAAUUAUAGCUCAUUUAAAAAUGCAUGAUGCAACAUUAUAUGCCUGUUCGGUGUGUUCAUAUUACCAUUAUAAACGUCAGAUCCUCGAAACCCAUUUGAAUGAUAUUCAUAAAGCAAUUGGACAAGUAAUGGUGGUGAGAGAAGAAGGUGUUACAUUACCAGUAAACACAUGCCAAACUCAGGUAUCAGCUCCUACAAUGGAUUUAAAACCAUGGCAAUGUGGUCUUUGUAAAUUUAAGAGCUUAUUGUGUCCCGAAGUUGUUGAUCAUUGUGCCAAAAUACAUAAUUCUAAGAUGCAAUAUAAAUGUGCCUAUUGCGCAUUUAAGACAUCUAAUUCUGAGAAUAUCACUAAACACCAGAAAAAAUCACAUUCGGAUAAACCAGAAGAGAUUUUCUAUUAUUAUUACCGAGAAGGUUCUGUGCCAGCGGAGCCAGAUGGUACACCAGUAUGGCAAAAGCAAUGCCAGAAAUAUGAUCUUUCAAAAAGCGCCAUAAAAUCUGAAGUGACGAGUGAUGUAUGUCUGACGCCACAAAUUAGUGUCCCUAUAUCGAAACCUUCAACGAUGGACUUAGAUUUGAAUUUGGUAAAAACAGAAGUUAUAGAACCGGUUGAAGAUUCAAUAGAUGAAUUGUGUAGAGAUUUUGGUGAAUUUUGUGAACCGAAUGGUCUGAAAUACAAGUGUUCUUUGUGUAAAAACGUCGUAGAAGAUAGUAUCGACGCUAUGCAAUCGCAUCUUUACGAAGAACUUAAAUAUAGAAAAUGGGGUUGCAGUAUUUGUUCAUACAAAGCUUUCCACAAGGCUGGCUUAAACGGUCACAUGCAGACCGAACACAGGCAAAAUAAAGAACCCAUUGCUUUGCAGGUGGAUAAAAGAGUUGAGACAUGGGUUGCUAAACUCUUGGAAUAUCAAACGGAACUUAUAGAGAAGAAUAAAGAAAACCUUGCAAAGCAAAAGGAAGAAAUAUAUAGGACUGCACCGGGUCCAUCCAGACCAAAAUCUCCCCCUAAGCGAACGGCAGAAUUUAAUGAAAUGAAACAAUCUUCAUCAAAUACUGAUGCAAAAAAAACAACUAUGCUAGAAUUGGUACGAUUAUUUGGACCGCUUGGAGCUUCGGUUAAUAUGUCGUUUUGCUGCCCCAAAUGUCAUUCUAUAUUUAAAGAUGAAGAAUCAAUGAAAAAUCACUUGGAAAGUGAAUUGAAUAAAAUACGAUGGUUUUGUAGUAACUGUUCUGUGACAUAUCAAACUUAUCACGAAGCGCAAUUUCACUGCAGAAGCGAACAUCCAACGCAGAGCGCGCGGCCUGUGGAAGUGAUCAGGGAUGCCUCAGUUCGAUCAGCUUGGGUCGAUGGAGUUAUCCGCGUACAGAAACUCAGCAUGAAUUACGUACCGCUGCCCUCCAAAAGUUUUGGUAACGAUACCGACCAUUCAGAGGAAAAAUCUGAUAAUCCAGAAAACUCUUUACUCGUAGUCCUAUAUGAAGAAAAAAUACCUACUCCAGAAGAACAAAUGGUUCAAAGAACAUCAGCUUUAAAUACGGAUAGCGAUGAUGAUAAAUUAGUCAUUGAUGAGCCAAAAGAAAGUCGAAAAGCGAGGUCGAAUAUUUGUCCACACUGUACUUACCAAACAAUAAACGCAAGAGUGAGUCGCGCUCACGUGUUGCGACAUUAUAAUUUAAGACCAUUUAUGUGUUCGUAUUGUGGACUAGAUGGAAGCAGAAAGGCUAUAGAACAGCAUCAAAAAAAUGUUCACUUAAAUCAACCAAUAAAGUUAAUAUGCACGCCGAUACCGGCAGAAUCACCUCUAGAUUUUUUGCAAAAUAAAUCUUCAAAUUUGCACGAUACAACAAAACUCGUAUGUCUGGUCUGUCGAAAUGCCUUUACAGAGGCCGAGGCGGCGGUACAUUCUCACGAUAAUAUCCCAACAAGCUUUGGCAAGAAAGGCGAUGUUGUAGUUAAAUGCAGUGUUUGCCUGACAUUACACAAGGACAUUAAUGCUUACUUCAACCACCAUCAAAGUGUACAUAAUUCGGCAAGUGUUAAUUACGUAUUUGACAAACUCUCAGUACAUAAUGAAUCUAAAGUACCUAAGUCUUUAACAAGCAGCGAUCAGAAGUUGUCUCUGUUAAGGGAUAAAAUGCGUAACGACUCAAGUUAUAAUUCGAAAGCCAGAUGUGCAAUAGUACCGAAGCUUCAAGAACCAUUUCCAAAGGAUGUCGUCAUUGAUUUGGACGACGAAGACGAUGUAGAAACGGAAAGAGAAACCCCGGUCGUCUCACAUUUACCGUCGAGUCGAAAAGUAGCUAGAAAAUCAACCACAAAGUUACCGUAUAAAAGGCCGUUUGCAAAAAAAUCGACGACAAAACUGCCUUUCAACGUAAGUAGUGAGCCUCAGGAGUUUUCGUAUUACGGUACUAGACCCUCGUAUGAUGAUCUCGAUGGUGUAACAACAAUGAUGACAUUCUGCAACACAAUGAUGCCAUUCACUUUGAAGAAAUUAAGUGCAAUCAUAAACAUCAAUCCUGUAGUGGAGUUAGAAAUGUUGAAAUAGUGAUUUAUUAAGUGUUUCCGGUCACUUUGAAACUUGGUACGGAAAUUCAAUUUGUUGUUCUCUAUGAAAAACGUAGCCAAAUUAUGAUGGCAGUGAAAUCUGUGAUUUAUUUUUUCAUAUUACUUAUUAAAGUUCGUUCUAGAAUUUAAGGUAAUUGUUCGAUCUAAUACAAAAGAUAAAGCAUUUAUAUUUCGUUAAGAUCAACUAUUAGUAUGUCGGUGUGUACCUUUAAUGUAAUACUAAUUAUUUUAUUAUUCAUUAUGAUAUUCGAUUUAAAUGUAAGAACAAGAUAUAAAUAAGUUUAGACUCAAAAUAGUUUUUAAUUUACUGUUUACUGUGUAAUCUUAAGGUUUAAUAGUUUCCAAAUUAAAAUAUACUUUUUAUAUACGUAAUUAGUAUAUAUAUACGUAAUUUCAGUUAAAUUUUGUCGCCCGAUUUUAAUUAUUUAUUUGCCCAGGAACUAGAUUUUUUUUUUCUACCCAAAAUCAGUUACAACUGCAAAUAAGUCAUGAUCAUGACUAAAACUUGAAGCCCUCAGGGCGUGGACCCAGGUCUACUGCCGGAAGACAUUUUAAUUAACACGUGCGAACUAAGCAUCAGCAAAACAUUGCGGUGCACCGUACACGGCAGCGGCGCCGUGCCGUUCCACGGUGGCCGGUGCCGCACCGUAGAAUUGGGUCCACGCCCUAUCUAGUGAAAAAUUUAGCAUAGUGCUUAACCUAGAAUGAGGACAUAAGAUCAACCCUAUAUUAAUAAAUAAUAGAAAAACGCAAAA